UGAAUUAUUAACUUAUAUCAUAAAUGGUGGCAGAGAAAGUUUUAAUAUUUUUAAUAAUUUCAGCAUUCUUGAACCGAAUUAUGUUAAUAAUAAGGUUAUUCGAGAUGAGUUUAAAGAUUUAAUUCAACUAGCAUGGAAGAAUUGCCCUGAUGAAAGGAUUCUCUUGAGUACAUUAUAUUUGAGACUUUCAAAAUUGUCUUCAAUUGCGCAUUCUUCGGAAACUGCCGAUUCUUGUGUCAUUAGUGACUUAAUAUCACAUAAAAGCUCACAAGAUAAUUUCAGGCAAGGUAUAAAUCAGAUUUUAACAAUUGAAGAAGGAAUCAGCCUUCAUAGAUCUAAGAAACCUGAGAACAGAAAAAAAGCAUGGAAAUGUUUUGAAGACAAUAUUAAACUUAAGAGCUCUAUUGCUAUUUUUUGGAAGGCUUAUUAUUUAUGGGAAGGACUUUACCCAACUGGCGUAGAAAGGUCUGAAGAGCAAAAAGAGAGAGAACAAUCAGAAGCUCGUGAAUUGUUCAAAAAGGCUGCCGAUGAAGGUGUGACUGAUGCACAAUUCCGGUAUGCAUCUUCAUUACCAAAUACGAGGGAUUAUACGGCGAAACGGCAGAAAUUGGAAAUGUGA